AUGCCUCAAUGUUCUCUGAGGGCCCAUUCCUUAUGCAACAGCGAGGAGCCAGCCAAAAAAUAUUCACCAGAGGUGAACACGCCGAUGAAAGAGAAUGAAAAGAUCCAGAAGAUGGUACUUAUACAGGGUGGAACUUUUGAGAUGGGCUCUCACGCCCCCAUCUUUCUGAGUGAUGGUGAAGGUCCUGUCAGAGACAUGACAGUAAAGGACUUCUAUUUGGAUGUAUAUGAAGCAGAGAAGUUUGGCAAUAGUUUUGUGCUGGAGUCACUGUUGAAUGAUGCAGUAAAACAGGAAAUUCAUGAUGCAGUUGCUGCAGCACCUUGGUGGCUCCCAGUUCCCAAUGCAAAUUGGAGGCAACCUGAAGGAAAUGGAUCUCAUAUCAAAGACCGAAUGAGCCAUCCAGUAGUACAUACGUCCUGGAAUGAUGCAGUUGCUUUUUGCAAGUGGGCUGGAAAAAGACUGCCAACUGAAGCUGAAUGGGAAUAUGCCUGUAAAGGAAACUUGUCAGAUCGCUUAUAUCCUUGGGGCAACAAGCUCAUGCCACGAGGAGAACACUGGAUGAAUAUUUGGCAAGGAGAAUUUCCCCAUCAAGACAAGGGAGAAGAUGGCUAUAUAGGCCCUGCUCCAGUUGAAUCCUUCCCUGCCCAGAAUAUGUUUGGUCUUCAUCACAUGGUUGGGAAUGUUUGGGAAUGGAUAGAUGAUGACUGGAGCCUCCCAUUUAGAGAGCCUAUACCUAAUGAAAAAGUAAAAAAAGGUGGGUCCUUCAUGUGCACAAGGGACUACUGUUAUCGCCAUCGGUGUGCAGCCAGAUCUCAUAAUACUCCUGAUUCCUCAGCUGUCAAUUUGGGCUUCCGCUGUGCUAAAAAUGUUCAAUAAAGUAAAGCAUUCUGUCUCCUAAAAUCCAA